AUGGGGCAGAGUUCCAGCCAGGGCUGCUGCGAAACCAGUGAAACCCUCGAACUUGAGCACGUCAAAGCUGAAGCCAGGGGAACAGCGCCAGAACUUCCCAAAGUGGAAAGCCAGGAACGUCUGGCGAAUUCUCUGCCCUGCGAGCUUACGCCGGUGACCAUUGCCAAGUCGAAAUGUACAGACCGAGACCUCAUGCAGUUGAACGAAGAGUUGGUGCGAGGAGUUCCACUACGUCAAACUUUACAGUCCUGGGGAAGGCUUUGGCGUUUGAAGCCGGUGGAGAUGGAUUCUGUGCAGCAGGCCUGCAUCUACGAAUAUUCCAGGCAGGUCAGCCGUCUGGAUAAGUUCCUGUCGCACGCCUGGCAUACCCCUGGAUGGAGAAAGUUCGUAUCGCUUCUUGUCCAGUCCGGCUCCCCAUUCAUGCUCGCCUGCUGGACUAUAGGCACAGGCCUCGCCUUUGCCCUUUGCAUGAUGGAUGUUCUGCCUUUGUUCUACACCACAAGAACGUGGGCCCAACACCAGGACAUGGCUAUAGGAUGCUGGGUGACGCUGGCCGGCCUGGCGUCGGGAAUCGGAAGCUUGCUGGUUUUUCCAUAUCUGCCUCGCAGUGGGCCGACAUGCUUCCUGGAUUUGGUAUGUGUCCAUCAGACAGACGAAGCCCUUAUGAAGCAAGGGAUCUACAACAUCGGAGGCGUCCUGUCCGUUUCCGCAAACUUGCACGUGCUGUGGAGCGCGCCGUACUUGUCCAGGUUGUGGUGUGUGUUUGAGCUGGCGGCAUAUCGCAAGAUGAACCCCGCUGGAAGGAUUACCAUUGCCCCGCUAUAUCUCGAGAACUUUGCAUGCCAGGUUUUCCUGUGCCUCCAUGCUAUCAGCAUCGUGCUAUCCUUCGGAAGAAUAUUUUAUGAUUUGGGCCAAGUAUUUACGCUGUCACUGCUGGGAGGAGCGAGUGUUUGCUCGUUUCCCCUGGCAUACUCGCUGCGGCAACACAGCCUUGAAAGACAGCGACUCCUUUCAGGCUUGGACACCUUUGAGGUGAGGGAAGUGGAGUGCCGCGACGAAUUCGACCGGAAGUAUAUACACGACGCUAUCAAAAGUUGGUACGGCAGCUUAGAUGCUUUUUCCGAGUACGUUCGCGGCCCUUUCCGGGAGGAAGUGCAUCUUAAUUUUCAGCUUCCCCUUGUUUACCACGGCAUCAUCAUGACCCCGUUGACCGCAUUUUGUCUGGAUUUUGUUGUGGCAAUGGUCAAGUCCAAUGCACCUGCUGAAGAUGUGCUGGCUUACAUCUUGGGUUUCAUGGUGGCUCAAAAUAUGCUGUGGUAUCCUGCUACCCUGACUCUUCUCAUCUAUGCCUGCGAACACUUGCCAGCAAGCGCUUUCAAAGGAAAUCUGUAUUUGCAGACUUUGGCGAUAUCGGGCAGCUUGUGGUUGCUGUACGCCCUGGGACUUGCUAUUGCCUUAAAUGCUGCCGCAUCCGAGCGUUGGUGGGAAGCACCUCUCUGGACGGUGGCGGCAUUGGUGUUUGCUGGUGUUUCGCACCCUUACUACCCAGCAGAGUUGGUAGCCUUCAACCAUAGCAUUUUGGGGUCCACAGUAUCGGUGUUGCUGGCGGCAGAAGAACCGAAGCUGCUUGGGCCGGCAGGGAAUCCAUGGAUGUCGUCUCUGUUGUCGGAGUGGCGGUCCCAGAUAUCGAUGAUCACAGAUACCGACGGUGCCGGCACGCCAGUCCGUGGAGGCGAACUUUAUGUGGAGACAAGCAAAGGGCCGCACAAGGGCUUGUGCUGCGGAAGUAGCACUUGCGGAGAUGUUGCGAUGGCUGGUUUCACGAAAUCUGCCGUCGAGGAUUCAGAUGCUCUUGCUGUGGCAGUGAAGAAGCACUGCCAGAGCAAGCUGGAUGCUGUAAAUGCUCAGCUCGAUGCGGUGUGGUGUGGACUUCUGCAGCAGGUGGCUCAGGCGGAGUUCGUCGCAACAGUGGCAGAGGCCAUAAAAAGCAGAAGUGUCCUACGCCUCAUCGAUGCCACCGUGUGCUUGAACUCCGCCGGCACACCCGUCUCAGCUCUUCUGCAACGCUUGGCAUUCCAGGCCAGUGUUUUGGAGGAGGCAGGGCUGGUAUGGAAAUCCAUCAUGGACGCCAUCCUCGAGCGAAAGGCCGAGGAUCUUGAGCUCUGGGCAGAGCAGGCGAAGAUCGCAGGCGAAAGUGUUGAGAUGGAGCUGGCCUUUGCGCAGAGCCUGCGCCAAGCAGAAGAGAGCAGCAUGCACUCCUUUUCAAAAGCUUCCACCUGCAGCGACACGAGCUUGACAGAAGUGGGAGUUGAUGAAGGUGAUGAAGUCAGGACGACGGCAACUAGGCCGUCGCGUCCCAGCUGGCGUGCCACGAAGGUGACCAUCGCUUCCAAAGACAACCUCAGAGGAAAAGUGCCGGAGUUUGACAGCUUCCUAUUUCAGGAGUCGGAUUCAGCGGAGGUGCCUCCGGAGGCUGCGCAGUCCUGGGAAUCCAGCACGACGCAUCCUCACUCCCCGCCAGAGUCCGCAUCGCCGGACCUUUCUCCUCAGCCGUCUUGGCGGAGGGCUGAGGAGCUUCGCACCGAUGCCCCCAGAGCACGUCCACCUGCGCCGUACCUUGGCGCUUCACUGCAG